AUGUCGCCGCUGACAAAACCCCCCUUGAACCUCUCCGCUACCUCCGACGGUCAAACGUUGACGAGCCUUCCCAUCGAUUCCUCUCCGCCAAUCCGGGCAGAAGAUAUCGAGUUGCCGCCAUCUCCUUCGGGCCUCGAACCUGAAUUAUCCUCCUCUCCUUCACCUAGAUCAUCUCCUUCGAGGAGUGUUGAGACACUUCCGAAACACACCCACUUGCUUACACAGAAUAUCACACCGUCGCGUCCUCGAGCUGCAUCUCCACCCAGAAGAGUGAGGCCACUGUCAGUGGGAAGUUUGGUCAACGCGCCGCCUAUGCAAAGAGCCCAUUCAUCGCCUGGUGUGGACGCCUCAGGCCGGUACAUUACUCCUUAUGGUGUCCCGAGAAGACCGUCUUCGCCACUACAUUCAGGCAGAAGAAGAAGCCCGUUACGUGCGGCUGUGGAAGACACUCAUCUCGGCGUUCCAUCCUGGAGCGGUCUAAAUAUUGAACCGAACAUACCAGAACAUGAAGAGCUUGAACUGGGCGUAGACGUGGAUGUGUCACAACCCUCACCCAUGUCAUCCCUCUCCCAUACAUUCCCGAGAGCGCGUCGGCGAGGUGCACUGCCACUUCACCAGAGCGCAAGCGCCCCAGCUCUAUAUACGAAGGCUAUGAGUCCUAGUGUAUCGGGAAGGACAUCACCGUCUCCGUCCUUCGCACCACAGAAGUACACCUACGAGCCAUACCCCAUGUAUUCUCUCAGCUCUGCUUCGAGCAUGCCCAGUACUCCAACAUCGUUACGUUCUCGGUCGCCGUCUAUCAGCUCGCUGGAGACAAUAGAGGAUGCACCAGACGCAGAAGUGGCGGCAGUACUUGAAGAAGAGGAAGCCAAGUUGAGGGGGGAGGAUGUGGACGCGGGCGAUUCGCGGCGAAGAAGCUCUCUCGAGAUUCGCGGGGGCAACCUGAGGAGUAACAAGGAAAGAAAGCGAUGGUCGGUCUGUGGAGCGGAACGAAGAGCGGACUUUUCUUUGGAACCCAUUGAAGAAUGA